AUGUCGGAACAAUCUAAUUUAGACUCCACCAACCUCUGUAUAAGUGAGGAGUUAUUUGAUAACUUUCAAUCACAAGCUGCUCAUAACGAAGAAGAGUUUAUUACUUUGUCGGAUAUUUUAUCACCUACUACUCAGAAUUGUGAUUCAAUAUCUGAUCAAAAGGAAACAACAUCGGAUACAGAUGAGCGGUUGUCUAUCAAGUCUACAGAAGUAAACAAUGAAUGUAUGUCUGCAGGUAAAGAUGUUCUAUCAUUAGAAAUAAGUAAUAAGCAUCAGAUCAGAGACGACAAUCAGAUAUACAAUGAUACCAAUGAACACAUUCCACCACCAGAUAUAAAUAAUUUGUCUAAAUCUACCACUAAAUACUUUGAGCCCUUGGAUUCAGGACAUUUAGAUCCUGAUCCUGGACAAUCUGUAAUUUCAUCUAAUCAAAGUACUCCUAAAAAACGGGGUAGAAAAAAGAAAAAUACAAGAAAUUCAAAGAUAGUUAGAAAUAAACGACAAAAUGAUGCCACUACACAAAGUAUGGUUUGUGGAAAUAAUACUCCAGAUCUAGUUAAAAAAGCUCUCACAGGAGCGAAGAGAGGGCGUAAAAAAAAGAAUGACUGUAGUAGUGAUUCAAUUAAAUCCUCGAAAAGCAUAUACAUGCAACAAUCUAAAGUGGCCACUAGAAGAAGCACAAAGCAAACAUUAUCUACACUUACUGCUGAUUCACAAAAUCCAAAUUUAUUAGAAGAUAUAAAACCAAGGAAACGAGGUAGACCAAAAAAAAUAAUCAAUGAAACUAAACUAAAUACUAAUAGCGAGAAUAAUGUUCUGUCAGAAAUCUACAAUACAGAUUCUGAUUGUCCUGUAACUAUGCAAAAUAAAAAUGUGAAAAGAAGGCGCCACUCAAAGUCUGUAGUUGUAAAUCAAGCAAAAGACAAUGUAACAAGUCAAAAUACUGCUGAAUUGGUAUUGUUAGACCACAAGGUUUCUAAUGGAGAGAAUAAUCCAAUGGCCAAAAUGGAUGAUAAAUUAUUACCUACAGUCAUAGAUGGUAUACAGGUAUCAUUAGAAAAUAACAUUAUUGAAUAUGAUGAUAUAAAACUUUCUAAAAGUGAACAAUGUAUUGGUGCAGAAAUAACUAUAUCACAAAAUGAUGAUUCUGAUGAUGGAGAUGAUAUAUCCUUAAUUGAAAUUAAAAAUAAUUUAGAAUUAAAGGAUGGUACUAAUAUAUCAUUAGAAAACUUUACAGCUUCAACCAUGACUGCUGAAAUUGACAUUGUAUCAGCCAAAGUAAACAAAUUGGGUGAAACAGAGAGUACACCUACUAAGAGAAAUUCAAAAAUGGCUAUAAUGUCAGAUUUUGAAUAUAAUAUAGACAGUAUUGACAGUAUUGUAAAUGAAGUAAAAACUGAUGAAUUAAGGGAAGAUAAUAAGAACAAAGAUACUGAGAGUUCGUUAUUAAUUGAAGACACUUCAAAAAGACCAAUACGCAGAAAAAUAAAACAAAAUUUACAUUAUGAUGAAAAUUCUGAUGAAGACCCUUUUGCUAAUGUAGAAUUAUCUGAUGAUGAACCUAGAAGAAAUAAAAAGGGUGGCAGAUAUUACUCAGAUGAUGAAUAUAUACCAGGUGGAAAAUGUGGAAAAUCAAACAUUACUGAUAGCACUGAUAGUGAAGAGGUUGAUAAAGAAGGAUUUAAGAAGCAGAAAAGGAAAAGAUGCAGAAAAUUAGAUGUUUACCAAUCAAAGAGCCCCAAAAAGAGAGGCAAGAAGAGUGAUACAGAGAAACUCAGUAAGGUAGAAGUCUUAACACCAGAUGUUACAACUGUACAACCUAGUUCAAGUUCGCAAGACAAUGACAUUGAAGUUUGUUUAGAAUCAUCUGUUAUCAAUACAAGUGAAGAAAUUACAGAUAAAUCUAGUUCACCCUGUGAAUUAGAAAAUUUUAUAGUUAAAAAAAUCCAAAGUACUAAUUUGAUGAUUAAGAAAGUGUCAUCCACAACAUCAACCCAAAGUUCUAUAACGCCACUUGAAAUUCCCAUUUUGGAUGCAAAUGACAUUAGAAAAACUGUUGAAAUGUCAACUCAAACACAUACAGUACCAAAAGUGACAGCUGCUGUUCAGACUACAACACCCUAUGAUAUUCCCAUGAAGAAUAAUGUAAUUCUAUCAAAGGAAAAGGCAGAAAAAGCAUGCGAAUUUUUGAAUGGUAUUGUUAAAACUACAUCUGAAUUAGGAUUAUUAAUGACACAAAAAUCUGAAGACUUUAUGAAGAAAAAAAUUAAUACUAACCAUGUCACUGAUACCUUUAAAAUGGACUAUUGUGUAAAGAAAUCAUUCUUGUUAUUUAAACUUGCGAAACACAAUUUAAUACAAAUGGAAGAAGAUUUAGCAAAACAAUAUGAAGAAUUUUUGGAAAUUAAUAAUCUGCUAGUUCACAGAGGUGAAGUCAAUACUGUCACACCAAAUGUUAAGACUGAUAGUGAUAGUGAUUGUGAAAUAAUAGAGGAGCCCAUUGGGACAACAAAUCCGGAAAAAUCUCAAACAAAUAAACCAAAAUUUAAUCCAAAAACAGUUUUUCUUAACAAAGAACUUUCAAUAAAAAUUGCAAAGAAACCCACUGACGAAAAGAAACUUAAUAUUAAAGGGAAACAUACAGUAUGGAUUAAUGAUUCGGUAAUGGUAAAAAAAGUAAAACCAAACCAGUCUUUUUUAGCCCAGGACAGCCGAAAUAAAAAACCUCCUGAUAAUUACAUAUCAUCUAAGAUGAUAAGUGAUUUUUUUAAGAUGUAUAAUCAGCAAAAUGUUGCAUCUAUAUGUGCUCCUUUUGUAUCUACAGAUUGGCUUCAUACGAACAGGAGUUACAUAUGUAAUUAUUUUGUGGUUCAAUCUGAUGAAUAUCCCAGCAGUACUAAUUACACAAGUAAUGAUGCACGCUAUAUAAAUAAUCCAAAUGACAGUGCUGCUAUAUCUGAUAUGAACAAAAACUUGACUGAAAUGAAAUGUUUGAAUAAUAUUAUAAUAAAGUCAACAUCUCCAGAGACACUAUUGUCAUUGUGUACUGUAUAUAUACAACAUUAUUUUUUAUCUGUGUGUAAUAAAACCAAUAACACUAACAUAAAACCAAAUGAUAUUAAAGAAUGUACACAACCAUACUCAUUAUUACGCCUCUGUAUAAACAGAUUGUUUAUGGAAGCCAGUAUAAAUCAUAUAACUAAUAAACUACCAGGUGAAAGAAGUGAUAUUGAUAUUGUCUCAAAGGAACUUGGUAAUAAACCUAUUGACGAACAAAUAAGUAAUCAGUUACGAGAAAGUGAAAAUAUUCUAGAUAUAGAUAAAUUUCAUAAACCUAUUGAAAUUCAAUCACAGCAACAAUUAAAACAAACUACUGUACAUGUUUCUAACACAGAUACAUUUUAUACUGACAAAAAGCAGCUGGGUGUAUUGAGUGUUUCUAAGAAACACAUUAAAAUCAAAACAUUGUUUUCUUUAUGUGUGCACGUACUACAAAACAAAUGGAACUUAACAGACAGUUGUACAGGGGUAUGCUUAUUACAACCAAAAUCAUUAAAACAUAUAGUUUAUAAAAAUAUUAUAGAAAUGAUAUAUAAUAAAAACCCAUACAUUCAUGAGAGUGUAAUUGAUUAUAAAGUAAAAAGCAAAGAAAUCUCUCUUUUAGGUGAUAAGAUAAAUACUUUGAGUAAUAUUUGUUUAGAAUUUUUGAAUACAUCUUUUUUUAAUAAUAACGUAAAUGACGCCCUUGUUCAAUCCAUGAUUAUAAACUCUGUAAAUACAAUGUCCGAAGAAGCAUUUUUAAAUAUUGAACAGUCACCCUCAAUUCAUGACAACUUUGAAUAUUACGAUCAAGAGGAUACUAAUUAUUGUGGAGAUCUAGAGGAGUAUGAACAAACAUCUGUAGCAGAAGAAAACAACUGGGCAAGUCAAAUAAAGAUGAAAGAAUUACGGUCUUUUAUUGACCCACUUCAACCUGAACAUUCAAACAAAACCGGACACGAGGAUAUCUCAAAUCUACCGGUUAUGGUUCGUAUCAAAAGUGAACCAGAAGACGAAUUUACCAACGUUGUAGUGGAUACUUCCAUGGUGAAAUGUGAACCCAAUCUCAAUUUUAUUGGAAUUAAUAUUGAAACAGAAAGUGUAAUUACAAAAUCUGAACUAGAUUGUACGAGUACUACAGUGCCAACCUUCCAAAGACAAAAUAGCAGUAGUUAUGAAUUCGAAUCUCUUGUAACAUCAAAUAAAAUGGCAAUGGAUUUGGAUGUUACAUCUAAUGAAGGCAUUUUUAGUCAAAGUAAUUUAAGGGUACGAAGACAAUUCGAGCCUGAUUCAGAUCUUAUGGAAAAUGACAUGGGCUUAUUAAUACCACAUGCAUUUGAACCAGUGAAAAUUGAUAGUGUAAAAGACACGCUUAUGGAAAGUAGUUCCGAUGAAAGUAACACUAAAAAAAUACAAAAUAAAAAGAAAACUGAGAAACGGAAGAAAAAGUCAAAAAAAGGUGAAUUAAAAACAAGCAAUAAAGAAACUAUAGAUACUGUAAAAAAUAAAUCAGUAGUACCAAUUAACGAAGUUGCAGUUUUAACUAGAAAAAUGAAAGAAAGAAUAAGACAAGAACAAAAGAAAAUAGAAUCUUCAGAGUCUGAAAGUGAAAAUAUGUCCUUGGCAUCUCAGAGAGAAAAGAUAAGUUUGGAACCUAUCAAUAGUGCGAAACAUAAUAUUUCUAAGCCAGAUGAAGUGGCUUCAGAAAAAAAAUCCGUUAAUACACAAGUUUUGGCAAAUGAAAAUAAAUAUGAAACAGAUGAAAUACAAUGUAAUAGUGUAGACUCUACUGCAAAAAUUGGCGAUGAUAUAGACAAACCCAAAACAAGUGGCCACGAUGUUAAUGCAGAACAACAAUUCCCUGGUUUUUCUACAAUGGACCAGAAUGGAAUGUUUAACUAUCAAAAAUAUGUGAGCUAUGUUUAUGACAAAAUUAUUGCGAAGGAAAGUUUUGAAAAAGAAAAUGAAAUUGAGCAGCAUUUAAAGUCUAUACCCAACAGUGAUGUGGUCACAAAUAAAGAUGAUGGUGGCAGACAGUCCCCUAUAAUAAAUUUUGAAGACCCUCCUGAAUUACUUGUGUGUCAACCGACAAUGCCUAUUUUCGAUGAUGACAAUGACGAGUUUAAUUUACAGAACCAUAGUGCAAUUAAACCAUCUCCAAAAAGAUAUAAAGCUGGAGUACCGCAAGUUGAAGAGAGUAACUUGUAUAUAGAACGUCAUGGUUGGAAAUGCUAUCCAGUUGAUGUCAAAGAUAAGAAAAUAUAUCAAAAUUCUCGUAUUAUAUUGCACAAAUUACCAAAAUCAUUUGUGGAUACCUAUUUUAAGUAUCAAGGUAUCUAUAAUAAAAACAAGGACGAUGAAGAAAUUGAAAAGCUGACAAACCUGCAAUCAUUGAAUAGGGUAUCAACUCUAAAGGAUGGUAAAAGUAAAGGAGGGUUAAAAUCAAAGGCUAUAUUAAGAGCCCCGACGCAAAAUUCUGCUUCUAACUCUAAACGAAACUCUCCUGUCUCUGACUAUUAUCAUGAACUGGCACCUUCUGAAGAUGAAGGUGAAAAAGAUACAAGAAGAUGCUCGCCACUGCCUCCAAACCAAACAGAAAAUAAUUUAGCUAAAAAUUUACUUUUGAAUGAUAAUGAUACUGAAGUAGAGACAGAAAAAAAAAUAGAAAUAAAAGUCGAACCAGAUUAUGACAAGCCUUUAAUCCAAAGGAAACCGAACUUUAAAUCUAAAUCAAAACCAGCACUAGUUGAAAAUCCUGAGUCUGUCAUGUUGACUGCUGAUAAAAUGAUGAAUAAAGAACUAACAAUAUUGCAUGCACCAAUAGUACUUGCUGGCAAUGACAUACCUGAUACUUCUAUAAAUAGACCAAUAACUAGAAACACACUGAAAAAUUCAUCAAAAAACCAAUUGACUCGAGACAAUAUAAAACAAGAGGAAGACUCCUCGUCUGAGGAAGAAAAGCAGUGGGUGACCACGAAAGAAAGACUUCUCAAGCGACUUGAAAAAAAGCAAGAUACUGCUAUCGCUGAUGAUGCUAAACGCACCAAGAUUGUGAACGAGUUCAUUGAAAGGCGCGGCGACGGUCCUGAGAUCCGCGUAAAGCAACAGAGGCGGUCUCGCAGAUCUGUUAAAAAGCGGCUGGAGAGGCAGAAACAACUUGGUAUAUUAACAAAGGAACUUCUUGGUGAGAAUCCGGACUCGGUACAGCCAGGCAAAAGACACUACCAAGGGUACGCGAAAGGUCGUCGAAAUAUAAGAAAAGUCAUAGACAAGAAGUCGUUAGCACGCGGUACUGUGAUAGCCAAUAUGGAAGAGUUGGAGAGAAAACGUAGAUUAAAUACGAGACAAAGCAGGCUGAGAGAACUGCUCGGUUGUGAGGAGGGCGUGAAUGUUCUAGUCAUAAAUGGAGAGGUAUGCUUGGAGUACGACUUCAAUGAGAAUCGGCCUGUAGUCACAAUACAUCCCUUCUUCACCAAGGUCAUGAAAACGCAUCAGUAUGAGGGCGUGAAGUUCAUGUGGGACGCGUGUUUUGAAAGCUUGUCGCACAUCGCUAGCGGGCACCUCGGCGGCGGCUGCAUCCUCGCACACUGCAUGGGUCUCGGGAAGACGCUGCAAGUACUCGCGCUGCUGCAUACCGUAUUGACACACCCGGGCGUCGGUAUGCAGCGCGUGCUGGUGUGUUGCCCGCUGUCCACCGUGCUUAACUGGGUCGACGAAAUACACAAGUGGAUAGGGCCGGUCACCGACCAGAUUAAGCAAAGGAAAUUGCGAAGAAAGCUUCAGGUAUUUGAACUAUCUAAGCUAAAGAAGACGUACGAGCGCGCCUACCAACUCGAGGACUGGUACAAUGGAGGCGGCAUCUUCAUAAUCGGCUAUGAGUUGUUUCGUAAUCUGAGCACUCUCGAUCCGAUUAUAGACGACGUCAGGCCGACUAUUAUAAACAAAAUAAGAACAGCAUUGCUGGACCCUGGACCAGACAUAAUUGUAUGCGAUGAAGGUCACUUGCUGAAGAACGAUUGCUCGGUGCUAGCAGUAGCAAUGAGUAGGGUCGUCACAAAACGCAGGAUUAUACUAACCGGUACUCCGAUGCAGAAUAAUUUGCGAGAGUAUUACUGCAUGGUUGACUUUGUGAAGCCUAAUUUACUUGGAACAUAUUCAGAGUUUUCAAACAGGUUCGAAAAUCCAAUAAUGAAUGGACAACACCGAGACUCCAUAGAAGAAGAUAUAAAACUGAUGAAGGCGCGAACUCACAUUCUUCAUAAAGUACUAGAAGGAUGUUUACAGCGACAAGAAGCUUCAGUUCUAUAUCCUUAUUUACCAAAGAAAUAUGAAUACACAGUAUUCAUAUCACUCACUAAGUGCCAAUGGGAUUUGUACAAGCAUUACUUGGCGAAUUAUGCCAAAGAAAGUAAACAGAACAUAUUGAAAGACUUUCACGUGCUGCAGAAGAUAUGGUCGCAUCCGCAGGUGCUGCAUAACUUCCAGAUACGGACAAGAGACACUCUCGCCAAAAAAGUUAAAGCUGAAAAAUUAGAAGACGAUUUGGCUACCGAAGAUCUAGGCGCCUCUGAGGAUGUAAAGCCGAGCAACACCGAAGUAUGGUGGAUGGAGUAUCUCGAGGGCGGCGCCAUGCUGGAUUCCCUCGACAGUUCCAAUAAAUUUGUCGCAGUAUUCCGUAUACUCGACGAGUGCAUUAAACUCGGGGACAAAGUUUUGAUAUUCUCCACAUCGCUAUAUACGAUGGACGCGUUGGAGUUCUUCCUGCGCAAGAUCAACAAGUGGAGUUUAGGACAGGACUACUACCGACUCGACGGCUCCGUGCCCGCUGAAGUGCGGCAAAAAUGGUGUCGCGAAUUCAACGCAGAACAGAAUACUAAAACCAAAUUGUUCCUGAUUUCGACCCGCGCGGGCUCGCUGGGGUUGAACAUGACGGCGGCCAACCGCGUCAUCAUCCUCGACACGUCAUGGAACCCCGCACAUGACAUACAGAGCAUCUUCCGCGUUUACCGCUUCGGACAGAAGAAAGACUGUUACAUAUAUCGGCUCGUCGCACUUGGCACCAUGGAACAGAAGAUAUACGAACGAUCGGUGACGAAGCAAGCGGUGUCGUGUCGGGUCGUCGAUGAACAACAAAUUGACCGUCACUACAACAUGGAAGAACUCACCGAACUGUACAGAUGUGACGAGGAGGGCGCGGGCGUGCUGGGCGGCGUGGCGGCGGGCGUGCGCGACGUGGCGCUGCUGCGCGUGGCGCGGCUGAGCGCGCUGCACGCCGUGCACGAGCACGACUCGCUGCUGCGCGCCUCCGAGCCCGCGCUGCCCGAGCACGAGCGCGCCGCCGCCUGGAUGCAGUUCCAGCAGGAGCACGCCGGCAAGCAAAUGCAAGUGCUCAAUAUUACUAAGAGAGGACCUAAUAAACGACCGUGUGGUACUGAAUCGAAGGCGGUCGAUAUUAAAGAAGAACCAAUUAAAGAUAUCAAAACUGAUUCUGACUUCAAACCUUCCGACAAUAAACAAAAGAAAAAUAAAAGGAAUUCAAUAAAAUCUCAGACAUCACCUGAAGCGUCGGAAACUCCACUGUCUACAACUAGCCAAAGUGCAUUAAAUUUAGAUAAAUACAAAGAAGAACAAAUUGUGAAGAGAAUUUCAGAACUAUUGGUGAAAUACGACUUUCAAAAUAAUUACGGCGCGCAGGCAGUGCCACUACUGGUUAAAGGCGUCCGCGAAUUGGUCGCCACCGGGCGGACCAGCUCAUUACCCCAUAACUUUGCAAACAACGAACUGAUUGGUAGCAUUGCUAAUGUGUUGCUUCAAAAAGAGGACAUCACUCUACCAGGCGUUAUUGAUAUUGUAUGUGAAUCGGUAAAUAAUACAUGGACUCCGAAGGACAGCCAGACGUGUCCAGUGCCAGAGGCAAGGCCUAGUCCGAAACCGGGCCCAAAAUGCAAGAAGCCAGGAUAUAUACUUGAAGAGACUCCGUCGACUUCCAGUGCGUCAACAUCGGUUGAGGAUACUUCUGACAAUACUGACGGCAGGAAAAAAAGGAAGGCCGCAGUGGAAGCACAAAAAUACAUAGAAAAGGUCACAGACAAUUCUAUAGUGGAUCUAGGUGACGACGAUAUUUCUACGGACUCAGUGCCAGAUAAAGUAAUCCAAGAUCUUGAAAACAGAAAUGUGAAAAAAAUGAAAAAUAAGUCCAAGAAGAAUAAAAAACAAUCAACAAAUGAUAAAACAUCAAAGGAAAAAGCGCUGUCUGUACAGCCAAAAGGAGUUACGGAAAUCGAAACCAGUAUAAUAUUGAGCGAUGAUGAUGAUGAGCCACUUAUGGCUCCGAAACCGGUUCAGGAGCCUCCGGCGGCUGUUACGGAAGUUAUUCCACUCCAUUCAUCGCUGCUUACUAAUAAAAACUUUAUUAAAAUCGUAGCACACACUUACCUGAAUGGGAACCCUAUGUUAGACGACGAUGCGGCUACCCUGGCCGCUCAGUACAGCACCUAUAAGGCAUUGAAGGAAAUAGAAUCUACAGGCAGACCUUUAACUAGUGGCCCUAUCUACGACAUCGCUGUAAAGGUAUUGGGAAUAGACGUUUUAGAGAAGCUGCAUAAAACAAUUAAAACCCAAGAAGAAGCUACCGCGCAGAAACAGAAUGAGACCAUAUUGGAAUCGGAAAAACUAAAGAACACACCCGAGCCCGAGAGCAAAACUAUGAAAAAAUCUUCCAUGCCGUCCGGCGUCCCUACUACCCUCCCUCGACUUACACCCGCGCCCAAUGUCGUGCCUGUCGGAUUGUUCAAAAGGACUGUACCAACAGAAGAUAUGCGACACGAGCCUCAAGUGGAGUGUAUACUACCGGAUGAUGAUGACGUCUGCAUUGUCAGUGAUCAUGUACUACCCGAGCUACUGUCCACCUCAGUACCUCCUACCUCAAUACCCCCCGCCUCGGUACCCCCCGUAUCGGUACCUCCCAUAAUUCUGCAACCCCGACGACAAGCACAACCACUUAUUCUUUCUAAAGUGCGUGCCACAAAGAAAUCGUCAAAUGUCCAUGUCGAGCCCACGCCUCUGUCUGUACCUGACCAGUCUACCCCUAACACACGCAAUACACAUACAAUUGCGCCUAAAACAAUAAUAAACUCCAACGUGUCAACUAUUUCCGCUGUGUCUGCUUCCAUUGACACAAGUGUUUACACGCCAGCAGUUAAUCCUGCUCUAGUCAAUCCUGAACGUUCUAAUACCAACAUUUAUACGGAUACAAUAUGUUUAGAUAGUGAUGAGGAGUCUCCACCAAUGGAGCCCCAAGUAGUAAAAGGCCCGACACCGUGUGCUUUAAUACGUUUGGCUUCUAACAUGCAACAUGGAGCGCCAAUCCAGGCUCCCUCACAGGUGACACCCACAGCCGCACCUCUCCCUUCAGGGGUUAUCACAACACUCAACCCUGCAUCUAUUAUAUUGACAAAAAGAAAAUCUUCGAAUCCUACUAUGUUUAUGCAAAAUACUCCCGAAGCAGGUACAAAUACUGUGAUCAAUGUAGCAGGUCACGAGUCUAAUUCUCCACGUUACAUCGUAUUUCAGACUGCAUCUAAAAAUCAAACUCCAGACAUAAGAUCUAUUCGUCCAAUAUCAUUAGACGAAGUAAAUAACAGUAAAUCUCAGAUCGUUAAUACACCACCACCAACUGUUAAUUUAUCAGCCGCAACAGAAUCUAUUCUUCCCAACACGGCUACGGGAGCAGUACCUCAGUUAGUUUCUACUAAUAUGAUUUUCAAAUCAACUUUCAAUAAGGAUCAGCGCAACACUUCGAUUGAAAAUACAUCCAGACCAUCGACAUCUAACACAAGUAACAUUCGCGUCAGUGAAGAUAAAUUACUGCAUACAAAACACAUGCAGAGUACUGUACCUCAAAAUGAAUUAAAUAAGGAAACACCAGUACAAACACUAAUUGAAACAUCAAGUAGCACGAGUAGCGCAGCUUCAUCGAGACCUUCAAGUCCCGAUGACCCGCUUUCUAUCCUGAAAGACGUAGUCCAUAUACAAGCAUAUGAUGCACCAAAACCGAAACGGUCUCAUCUCAAUUAUGAUAAAUUGAAUAAGACACCCGAUCCUAAAUCGAAUAUUCUGCCAAAUAGCAAUAUUAACAAAGGAGCUCUAACUAUUAAAAUUCCCACAAGUUCUAUAAAAUGCUCUACAAAAAGUUUACGUAAGGGAAAAACUAUUUCAGUACAAGAGGUAAUGUCAAAAGUAAAUACCAAGGAAUCUUUGCCAUCACAAAGUAAUAAGCCACAAGUUUCCAAAUUGCACUCAAUGGGAUCUCAGUCUUCUUUGAAACAACAAGCAAAUAUACCACCCACGAGAUUAAUGAUAAGAACAAAAUAUAAUGAUGCAGGUAGCAUCAUUAUAGAGAAAAGUAAAUUAUUGAAAGAUAAGUCUAAAAACGUUGGCACUGAAAAUAAAUUUGACUUGUUAAAGAAAUCAGAUGUCAAUUCGAAACAAAUAAAUAUGGUUGAUCUGACAGAAUCCAUUACAAAUUCGUCGCCUACAUCAGGGAGCUCACUAAAGGGUACUACCACGAAAUCUACAGAAGUCCGGAAGUCGAUCACUAUGUAUGUUGCAUUUUAUUUUAUUAAAUUUUUGCACCCACUUAUUAUAUUAUAUACCACUUUUAUGUAUAGACCUGCAAAGACCCAGCUGACGCCGUCAUCAUCUUCAAGUUCCAAGAGUUUGAAUACGAGUAAAAAGCGGUCGACCACUACACCUGCCGUUGGUUCAUCAAAAAAGAUGAAGACUGACCAACUGAUGACGCUGAAAGACUUCAACAUCGAUGACAUAGAUGAUGUAAUUGAGUUAGAAUAGUCAUAUUGUCUAUGAAUAUAUAGAAUACAUAGUAGCAUAAUCCUACUAUAGUCCAUAGGACUAACUUGAGAAUUCUCACUGUAAUUAUUUUUAGCAUUUCAUAGUAGAGUGUACUAACUUGUUUCGAUUUAGUUUUUCUCGUGAGAUAGUAUUUAAUUAAUAACAUAUUAUAUGAGCUAGUAAGUUGCUGCACUGUGAUUAAAUGUCACUAAUUUAAAGAGCAGCAAACUUUUUGUGUCUUUGUGAUAUAUGUAUUGACUAUUGUAUUGUGAGGAUAAUUUCCACCUUUAUGUUGUAUAUGAUUUAUAAAUGUUUAUAUUUCGAAUUAAGAAUUUGAGAUGAUAAAUAAUUAACUUAGGUAUUGUUCGUUACACGUAAUAUAUAAGAUUAUUUUUAGACGUAGAUAUUAUAUCUAAACACAAGAGUAU